AUGGAAAAUAUAUUCUCUCUUAAGAUCAGAGAAUCCUUUGACAGAUAUAGAAUAGAAAACCGUAUAGGCUCUGGAGCAUUCGGCUCUGUAUAUGUUGCCACAGAUCUAUAAGACCCUAAUAAGAAUGAGCUGUCUACUUCAGAUCUUGCAGCAGUUGUCAAAUAGCGAAAGCAAUUAACCGGAAAAGAGAUUAUUAAUGUCAUGAUUCAACUACUUGAGGGUUUAGACUAUAUUCAUAAAAAAGGAUUCAUUCAUCGAGACAUCUCUCCUCAGAAUAUCCUUGUUUUCGAAUAAGACUUAGUUAAAAUUUGUGACUUUGGAGUAGCUUCAUAUGGACUAUAAACAGUGAUGAAAGCUGGUAAAAAUUAGUACAUGGCUCCAGAGUCAAUGAUGGGUGGUUUAUAAUAUGAUAAGAAUGUUGAUAUUUGGUCAUUAGGAAUACUUCUCUUUUAUUUGUGUGCAGGAUCCGAAAAUAUUGAUGGAGUAACUGUUAAUUCUAUUUUGGCAGUCAAACGUGAAUAAGUAUUAUUACCACAAGGCUAUAACCAAUUCCAAGAUAUCUUUAAUUCAAUGACUGCUUAUAAUCCUUAACAAAGACCAUCAAUAUAGUAAUUGAAAGCAGAUUUCAUUCGUAUGAUUGAUAAGGCUUCCGAUCAUUAAAAGCUUUAGAAUUUGGUCCUGAGCAACUAAUUAAAUUCAUUGAAAGAUGAUUUACAUGUUUGUCAAGACGAGCUAUCUUAAUGUCUCUCAUUCAACUUAAACUAAUACCAAUAAUACUCCAAGAAAGCUAUAAAGUAGCAUUUAUAAGAAUUUGAUGAGAAAUUAAAAUUAUAUUAAGAGGAAGUUAGUUCUUACUGCGAAUAAUUAACUGAAGUAGAGAAUCCAGAAGACACUCCUACCAAUUACUACAAUAAUAAAAAUUAAUGCAUUACCAGCCAAUAAAGUAAGAAAUUAGAUCUCUAAAUUGAUUUGAUAUAAAUCUAAACUACCCUGGAUGAUUUCACAGCUUAAAAGCUUGAUUAAAGAAGCAAAGGCUAUUAUAAAGAAUUCAGAAGAUUGGUAAACCCAUAUGUUAGUUAGAAUAAUUAGACGGAUGUAAAUCUCUUUAAAUUAAAAGGGAAAUGCUAAUUAUUAUACAGAGCUACAAAAGAUGGUUUCAAAGCUGCCGAUUUUCACUAUAGAUGUGAUAACAAAGGUCCAUCAAUUUCAUUUAUUCUAAGUGAGCAUGGAUAAGUUUUUGGGGGAUAUUCAUCUAUCUCUUGGUAAUCUCCAGAAGAUUCAAAGUAUCAUAUAGAUAAAGAAGCACUAAUAUUUCAGCUGUCAAAGAACACAUUACAUUAAUAGCAUAGGCAUUUUGAGAAUGCUGUAAGACAUUGCAAGGACUAUCUUAUGGUGUUUGGAAAAACAAAUGACAUUUAGAUUCUGCCUGAUUGUAAUAAAAAUGAUAACAGCAGGAGUAAUUUAGGCAGUACCUAUAUGCUACCCUCUGGUCUUACUUGGGGUGAAUGGGCCAAAGAGUAUUUGGCUGGAAGCUAUCACUUCAAAGUUAUAGAAAUAGAAGUUUACUAAGUUAUAAAGCACUAAUAAUGA